AUGGCGCCUCACCGUCGCCGCCCUCGCCAACAAGUACCGCGCCGAAUUCGAGCAGACGUUCGAGGCCCUCCGCGCCCGCGCCCUCAAGCUCAAGCCGACGCCCCGCAGCUCAUCCAGGAGACCCAGGCCAACGUCGAGCCGUACAAGCAGGACUUCAUCACCACCGUGCAGGCCACUG